AUAUAAAACAAAUAUCAAAGAAAGGAGGCAAGUCGUACACCAGGGGAUUUUCGCGGUGCUGGUACGAGAGGAAAAACUGGCUAGCAGGAUGCGAGCUAGCCAACGGACUCUUCUGCUACCCCUGCGUCCUCAUCCACCCUGAUGGCUGCACCACGGAAACACCUUGGACUACAACAGGUUUCAAAGAUAUGCAUCAUCUGUCCGAAAAAAUAAAAAAGCAUGAAACAUCGAGGAUCCACAUUGACAGCUGCUUAAAACUGUCAGCGUUUGGGAGCGUCAACAUUGCUACGCAGUUGGACGAUGGCUACAGGCUAGCACUGCGUCGGCACAAUGAUGAGGUGGGAAAAAAAUCGCCACAUUCUGGGCCGCCUGAUCGACGGUGUUAAGUUCUGCGGUGUAUUCGAGUUGGCCUUGCGAGGCCGAGACGAGAGCGAGGGAUCCAGCAACCCCGGAAUUUUUCGAGGAUUGGUACAGUUAAUUGCAUCCCUAGAUGAAGUUUUUGAGGAGCAUUUAAAAACGGCCACCGUCUUUAAAGGCACAUCCAAGACCGUCCAAAAUGAGCUGCUCGACUGCAUGGCAGCUGUCAUUAGGGCACGCAUUACGGAGGAGGUGAAGUCGGCCAGCUUCGUUGCGAUACAAGCUGACGAAACAACGGACGUCUCGACUCAGACUCAGAUGGUCAUGGUAUUGCGAUACAUUGAUGGGAGCCAUGCUGUUCAAGAGCGUUUUUUUGAGUUUGUCCCCCUCUCGUCUUCAACGGCUGACUCGAUUGCCACUGCUAUUAUGGAGAGACUGAACAGUCUAUUCACCGAGGAAGAGAGGGGUAAACUCAUCGCGCAAGCAUAUGACGGGGCCAAUGUGAUGAGAGGAGAGAAGGCUGGUGUGCAGCAAAAAGUGCGAGAGCAUUACAAAAAUGCACAUUAUUUACAUUGCUAUGCACACCAGCUGAAUUUGAUCAUGCAGCAAGCCACUUCUCAGGUCCCAGCAGUGAGGGUUUUUUUCUCGGAUCUGAAUGGCAUUUCUAGCUUUUUUAGUCGGUCACCCAAACGCACCACCAUCCUCGACCAGGUUGUUGCACGGAGGCUGCCAAGAGCAUCGGCCACAAGAUGGAACUUCAACAGCAGGGUCGUGAACACAGUCUAUGAGAACCUAGAUGACCUCAUAGAGUGUUUUGAAGCCAUCAGCACAGACGGCUCAUUUGACUGCACCACAGUGAGGGAGGCAUCUGGCUACCUGAGGAUGCUGCAGGACGAUGACUUCAAGUUUUUCCUGCAUCUAUUUCAUCAAAUCAUGCCUCACGUUGACAUUAUGUACCAACAGCUGCAGAAGAAGGACAUUGAUGCAGUCUUCAUCAAACGUGCUCUGCAGAGCUUCACAAGCAGUGUUCAAGCCAUACGGGACCAGAGCUCAUCUCCAGAGCAGCAGCAAGUAGCAGCAGGAACUACAGGAAAAAGGAGGGCCUUGGGAGAGCAAGACAAGCAGAGGCUGUCUAAGGAGGUCUGUGACACCAUCUUGGGCCAUGCAAACGAGAGGUUAUCUUUCACAAGCCACCUUGUGAGUGCAACGCUGCUACAAGGAGACCUGUUUGAGCAGUACUGCCAUGUGUUCCCUGAUGAGGCUCUGAACACCACUGCCAAGGCAUACCCCAUGCUGAAUAAGGCGAAGCUCAAGACUGAACUGUCCCUUAUCUACGAGAGUCCAGAUUUCAAGGGCUGCAGUGGUGCAUUGGCACUCUACCAGGUUCUACAGAGGAACAACCUCCACGAGACCCUAUCUGAGACUGUGGCUCUGUUGAACAUCCUCAUAACCACUCCCAUGACAACUGCUGAAGCUGAGAGGUGUUUCUCGACCUUAAAGAGAAUCAAGACAUUCCUGCGAAACUCAAUGGGACAGGAUCGUCUCAAUGCUCUGGCCAUGCUUUCCAUGGAGAGGGAACUAGUCAGGAACAUGCCUGAUUUUAAUGAGAGGGUCAUUGAUCACUUUGCUGCUUUGAAAGAGAGACGAGCAAAAUUUCAAUACAAGUGAGAAAUGUUGUUUUAAUG